AUGGAAAUGGUGCACACGGCCAUCGGUGUGGCGGGCACAGUGGCCCUGCUCUUGGUUGUCAGCCGUUCGGUUUCGCAGGUGGCUGGCUUGGUUGCGGAUGAAACCCGAGCUCCGAUCUCCUACUUGGUGAGACGCGGCGAUCCAUUGGCGGAUCAGCUGACGACCGCCGAGGGGUUAACCCCACUGGUGGAGGGAGAUCGCAUGGACGGCGCCUGUUCGGUGGUCCAAAGUAUUGGCGGUAAAGCGUGUGUCUUGCUAGGACCUCUGCUGCCCAAACUGGGCGGUGAUCGUAAGUCCGGCGACUCAAAGACAGAAGAGGAAGUGGACAAAAAGAAACCGGAGGCAGCAGCGUGGGAAACGGAAGCACCUGCUGAGGCAGAUCCACCGGCAGAGGAGUAG